AUGUUUGCCAAACGAGACAAAGAGAAAGAGGCUGUAGAAAGUGGCAGUGGUAAUGGUCUUUUCGAUAAGAAAGCUGGGCAAGUUGUUGAGAUUGAUUUAGAGUCGCUGUCGGCUCAGGGAUCUUCCGGCAAGGAAACAAGUGUUGGUUCUCAAGGUCGUGAUGAUAAACAGCAUCGGCUGAAGCAGGGUCUUUCGGCGCGUCAUAUUCAAUUGAUUGCGUUGGGUGGUGCCAUUGGUACCGGGCUGUUUGUCGGAACGAGUAGUACGUUGCAUGAAUGUGGUCCAGCGGGUUUAUUCAUUUCAUACGUCAUAAUAUCGACUGUGCUUUAUCCGAUCAUGAAUUCUUUUGGUGAAAUGGUCUGUUAUCUGCCCGGAGAUGGCAGUGAUUCUGCAGGUUCAGUUGCGCAUCUAGUGGGUCGGUACGUCGAUCCGUCUCUAAGCUUUGCCACUGGGUGGAACUACUUCUACUGCUACGUUAUCCUUGUGGCCGCAGAGUGUACGGCAGCGUCCGGUGUCGUCACAUAUUGGACCGAUGCUGUUCCCACCGGAGCGUGGAUAACCAUUUUCCUAGUCGUCUGCAUAGGUCUUAACCUGUCCGCUGUCAAGUACUUUGGUGAGACUGAAUUUUGGUUUGCAUCGAUUAAAGUGCUUUGUAUUAUCGGUCUAAUUAUCCUGUCAUUCAUUCUCUUCUGGGGCGGCGGCCCAAACCAUGAUAGGCUUGGGUUCCGCUAUUGGAAAAACCCUGGCGGGUUUGCUCACCAUAUUACUGGAGGCAACUUGGGUAACUUCCUGGACAUCUACACUGGUAUAAUUAAGGGUGCAUUUGCGUUCAUUCUAGGUCCCGAAUUGGUGGCUUUGGCCAGCACCGAGUGUCGCGACCAAAGAAGGAACAUCGCGAGGGCUUCUCGCAGAUUCGUCUGGAGAUUAAUCUUUUUCUACAUCCUAGGCGCUCUUUCGAUCAGCGUGAUCGUUGCUUAUAACGAUCCCGUCUUGGCCUCGGCACUAGAGGCCGGCAAACCGGGCGCCGGUUCAUCCCCUUUUGUCAUUGGAAUCCAGAACGCAGGCAUCAAAGUCCUGCCACACAUCAUCAACGCCUGCAUCCUAACCAGUGCGUGGUCCGCAGGUAACGCAUUUACUUUUGCCAGUUCCAGAACAUUAGCCACCAUGGCGGCCAACGGACAAGCACCCAAGAUUCUCGGCAAGAUUAACAGAUUUGGAGUCCCAUGGGUGGCGGUCUCCCUUACUGGGUUGAUCUCAUGUUUGGCAUAUUUGAACGUCUCUUCCUCAACCGCAAGUGUCUUCAACUGGUUCACAAACAUCAGCACCAUUUCGGGCUUCAUCGGCUGGGAUUGCGGCAUGGUCGCUUAUCUCAGAUUCCGCAAGGCCAUCAAAUACAACGGUCUCGAAGACAGACUACCGUACGCCCCAUGGGGUCAGAAAUACUUGGUGUGGUGGUCUCUCUUCGUCGUCACUCUGGUCAUCUUCACCAACGGCUACGCGAUCUUCAUUCCAAAGUUCUGGAACGCUGCCGAUUUCGUUGCCGCGUACAUUACCUUGCCAUUAUUCCUACUCUUGUGGAUAGGUCACAAGAUCUACACAAGAAACCUUAAGAAGUGGUGGUAUUCCGUCGAAGAAAUCGACGUAGUGACUGGCCUAGCGGAAAUUGAAGAAAAGACAAGAAUAUUAGACGAGCAAAGACAACUGCCCAAAGGACGCUUCGCGAAAUUUAUGGACGUUCUCCUGUAG